GGCUGUAUUGUUAUGUUACACACUUUACUAAGUAUAUAGAUUAGCCAUGUAUAAAAUUGUGCUAAUGUUGUAGGACAUUCAUAUCAUUCAGAGGCUGCCAGGAGUAUGGGCAACUAGUUUCCAUCACAUGAAAAGAAAAAUAUCAGAUCCCAAUUCUUAGUGAGUUCUGUGACAGAAUUUUUGUAGCGAAACAAUAUAUCAGAUCUGACGACCAGAUUUUCUUCUUCAACUCACGUUCGGCACUAGGCAGAAUUUUUAUGUUACACAUUCUACUAAGUAUAUAGAUUAGUCAUGGAUAAAAUUUGGAUAACAUUGUAGGACACUAAUAUUAUAAAUUUUAAUAGAAUGAAGGUAAUAAAUUUCUAAUGAUGAGUAUAUUCACACGCUACGGGUAAUUAAGGAAGAUGAUGAGGAUGAGAUGAGGAACCGUAAAGUAACAUAUAUAAUGUAUAAUGAUAACUCAUUCGCGUGCGAUUACAUAUAAUUCCAUUAUAAGUUAUUUUUGCUUAUGUUAUGGAAUAAAGAUCAUCCUUUUGUUCCUUAAUAUACGGGAAAUCUUUUGAUCCCAGUUAUAUGUAAUCAAGAGAAGUAAAAUCUAUGAUUGAAAAUGUCGCACGUACAUACACAUUUUCUUUGAGUAACGUGUCGCUAUACAUAUGUAAUGCAGUAUUAUUGGUAAAUAUUUACUGGAUACUAUUAAAAUUGUAACAUUUUUGGUUGAUAUAUAACCAAAAUUAUAAUCUUAUACUUUGGGUCUAUAUCCAAUUUUUUUUUUAUUUUUUAAACAGGGUCUACAUCCAAUUUGACUAAUCUUUUCUAAACAUAAAAAUAAAUCUCCGAGUUUCAUAAUUUGUUUGGAUUGGAUACUCUUUCUUUACAUCAUCAGAUCAGUACACGGGUUUGAACUAUAUUAAUUAUAUUGUUUUAUUUGACGUUGUAGUUGGAAAACCAACGUUAGUUAUCGAUAACUAUAGAGUAAAAAGCAUCACUGUAUAUGCGUCAAGUUCAUCCCACAUAGGUUCCGAAUGGUAACAUUCGUCCCGCACUGCAAUCAACAGUAACAAAAAUCUCUACAUAUACCAUAUAUCUAUACAUUUUUAUAACUGUUAGAACCGCACCGCGGUUAAACCGCUUGUCCCGCACCGUUCAAUCCGCUGUUACCAUUCAGAGCCAUAGUCUGAUUUGUGCUCACUAAAACAAAACAUGUCAAACCACUGUAUUGAUAAGUUCAAUUUUCUUAAAAUUUUAUCAAUACGCAUGAAAAGAAUAAGAACUCUAGUAGGCAGUUAUGUGUCUUAAAUGUUAAGUUUAUAUUAGAGACAAAAUCGCCACAUCAGAUGUUAGAAGAUAUCCUAAAUAAUAUGUAAGAUAAAUUGUACGCUCUAUUUAUCACUAAUUGGUUUUAAGUUUGGAAUUCAUUUAAUUUAACUGCUUAUAAGUGUAUAUAUAUAUACAUACAAGUUUUUGUGUUACUGAAUCACAAACUCAUGUUUAUUCUUCAGGAAACUUUUUUAGUAAAGUGAUAUAAGUAUCCAUAAUGGGUACUUAAAAAGUUACAUUUGAUGACUGAAAAACAUGGCAAUUAUGUUUUUUCUUAUCAAAGCAGGCAAUUAUGUCUUAAUUCCCACCGUUUUAUCUUAUUGUAAUAAAUAAUCUGAUAUCGAAUCAGCAUGAAAUUUGGCAAUAGAUGUGGAACUAUAUACACCAGUUAAAUGGAUUACCGAUAUGUUUGUGUAAGAUUCGAGUCUGUAGAGAGAUCGAUCUAUGCUCAAGCAAUAUCUCAACUAAUGCUGCUGCUGUUGAAAAAAUCGAAGUCCACCAAAAGAAAAACUUGUCACCAUGUUGAAAUAUUUUAUCAUAUUUCUACUGGAAACGGGAUUUGAUAUACUAUGAGCAUUGAUCCGGUUUGAGUUGGUAUUCAUCUAUGCCCAUAAAGAGAUCUAUUAUAGUGUGCUGCCAAAUAACUUGCUAUUAUAAAUGGUUGGCUCAUUUGUACAAAGCGUUGGCUCAUCAGACUCUACAAGUGGCACUAACCAUAUAAAAUAACAUUAAUUAAUUAAAUAUAAAAUCUAAAGACAGAACAAAUUCUGAGAAUAUAAUAAAAAGGACAGAAGAACUUGUUCCCACUUUGUAUCUUCUUAACCUUAACUUUGGGGACUAGGGACCCAAAAACCUUUCUUUAUUGACCAUCCAUAUUGCUAUUAUAAACUUUUAAUUCUCUGUCCAUUUAUAUGUUUCAAUGCAUAAACACUUGUCUGCGAAACUAUUGUGUGAUCAUAUAAGUACGCAUUGGAUAGGCAUAGGAGUGUAGGACAGUACGUACGUCUGUUGUAUAUAAUUAAUUUCUGAUACAUUUUUCACGUAACAUUAAAUUUACAAAAUCCGAGAGACAAAUGACAUCAUGAAGUUCGUGAGAAGAAGUACGUAUACUAAUUUUGGUAUGUUAACAUACGGUGAUACGGUUUUCAAAAUACUGGAUGGAAGCAAAUCAUUUUACCUUUUUUCUCUGUGGAGAUAUUAGAAGUGGUAAAUUUGUAACAAAUAGACUAGCAGAGAUUGUGGGAAAAAUAUUUGUAAUGAAUUCUUAAGUAACAUAAAAAAAAAUAAAAAAUUGUUUCAUAGUGAAAUUUAAAGAAAUACAAAGUAAACACAUGCCUACAAAAAUACUAAUAUUCUCGUCUUUUCGUUUUAAUAUAUACUACAUGUUUCCUUAUAGUCUGUUUCUCAUGCCCCCCGGGCCACCUGACACUGCAUGUAUAUAAAAGAAUAAAUUCCAAAUCUAUGAUUUUCUAUUAUAUAAAAAGGGAUUCAUUUUCCACGCAAAAGAACAUUUUUUUAUAAAAAAAAAUAUAUUUACACAAGUGAUUGUUCAGUUCAUGAUUAAAUAAAUAAAAUGCAAUAAAUUAAUGUUCAGUUCCCUUUACCUUUAUUUAGUUUGUUGGCCAUUAUAAUUGUUUCCAGCCAAAGAGAGACCUAUUCAAAAGGGGUUGCUUUCAAAAGCUCAUCUCUCUCUGAAUCUGCUGACCUCAUUACUACUUGCCAUCUUUUACUUCAUCGAAAAUCCUCAACCAAAACCCACUUCCCCAAAACUGAAACAAACAAAAAACACACCUAUUGAUCUCUUCCUCUGAUUCAGACUUGAAACCUAGAAAUGGUUCCUACAUAUCCACAUUAUUGGAGAAAAAGAUCAUCAGUAAACCCGCAAGCUCUUCUUCCUCUGAUGAUCAUCUGCUUCUUCUUCAUUCUCCACUGCGACGCUUCGAGAGCCUCGUCGCCAUCAAGCGUUUUCUAUAGAAAUCCCAAUAAUGAUCACAACAAACACACUAUGAGAGGCCAUUUCUUAGGGUUCUUGCCAAGACACUUCCCUGUUCCAGCUUCUGGUCCUUCACGAAAACACAACGACAUUGGUCUACAGGCCUUGUUGUCUCCAUGAUCUCUCUUCUCUGUCUCUCUAGAGUACUUUAUAUAAUAUAAUGUAAUGCAUGCACUCAUACACAAGAUAACAGUAGAAGACCAUUCAUCGAUCUCUGAUGUUUGCUUUGACAUGUACGUAGGGUUUCAGAUGUUUGACCUCUUCUAAUUGUUCCUCAGAUCUUUUUUGUUAUUUUUUGGUUUAUGUAAACCUCUUUGGUUGAGUGUAGAAGUGAAAGAUAAUGUGAGUUACUAUUUUUCUUUUGUAUAUGUAAUUAAAAGUUUACUAGAUGAGAUAUUAGAUGCAACAAUCUCG